CCGCGAGCAUGUGUGGUUUCAGACUGCAGGUGCGUGGCUGGAGGAGUUAUGGGUGGGAAACUCCGAGGUCAUUCCCAUCUCUUUGAACGCCGGUGGUUGAAUUGUUUGUCUUUUUGAAUCACUUCACUUGUUCAGUGUUGCGAUCAAAAUCGUAUCUGCAGCAACAGAGAGGACUUGGAUUUCCACGGCUAUGCGUUUUUUGAUUUGCACAGCCCUCUUUGCUGGUGAGUGUUCCGUCAUUGCUGGUUCCCUGGGACCAAAUAAGAUGCAGCUGAGGAGAUGUGAGUUUUUUGCCAGUUCCCGAAAUAUAGAGAAGGCCAUGCAGUCUGGAGAUGUGAAUGGGACCGUACAAUUCUGUGCAAAAACACAAUGCUGUAUAGGCUUCUUUGAGCUAAUUGAUGGUCACUUCAGACCUGAUCUGCUUGGAUGCAGCCUGGGUGAGACGCCCUGUCCUGACACCACGUGCUCUGCAUCUACAAAUGUUGAUAACUACACCAAAUGCUUGUGCAGCUCGGACUUCUGCAACACUAACAUUACGUGGAGCCCAGAGACGAAACAGUCACAAGCGCUCAACCCGCAGGGUAAUGGCAAAGUUGGGUUAAGCAACAGUGCGAUCAUACUCGUCAUUGGCAUCUUGAUGAUUUUGGUCUUUAUUGUUAUGGGACACAAAGUGAUACCUCAUCUCAGGCACUGUGGAGAAAAGGCAGCCUCUUCAAAUAAAGGAUGGACCUCUCCCUGUUCCUGUUAUAUCUCAGCAAUGUCAGACAUUGAUAUGGAAAACAUAAAGUUACAAAAGAUUGUAGCUUGUGGGCGUUACGGCAUCGUGUGGCAAGGUAGUUACCAGGGAAAUGUGGUUGCCUUAAAACUCUUUCCUGUGAAAAACCAUCAUGAGUUCACCAGAGAGAGAGCAAUAUAUGCUCUUCCUCUCAUGCUGCAUGCUGGAAUUGCACACUUCCUUGGUGCAGGCAGAGCAGUGAGUGGGGAACCUGUGCUAGUGUUGAAGCUGGCUUCACAUGGUUCACUAAAUUCUUACCUUUCCAAAACUGUGAUUACCUGGAGGGAUGCUGUGAGACUCUCAAAGUCUUUGGCGGAAGGACUUGUCUAUCUUCAUUCUGACUUGUAUUCUAAUGGGAUGCACAAACCACCGGUGGCUCACAGAGACCUCAGCAGUAACAAUGUGCUGGUGCACGCUGAUGCCACAUGUGCCCUGUGUGACUUCGGCUGUGCCACAGUCCUGCACUCCUGUGGCAGCCCUGAACAGUGGCAGUGCCAGUCAAGCACCUCUCAGGACCCUGUUCAAUUGGGGACUCUGUGCUACAUGUGCCCAGAGAUCCUGGACCGAUCUGUGGAUCUGAGCAGUGGCCGCUGCCUGCUGCAGGGAGAUGUGUAUGCCCUGGGACUGUUGCUAUGGGAGAUGUGGAUGCGCUGCUCGGACCUGUUUUUUGACCAAGCUGUUCCAGAGCACCACCUGCCUUAUGAAGCAGAGCUAGGACCCAGACCCACUCUGGAGCAACUGUUUGUCUUUGUGUUUGAAAACAGAGGGAGACCUGCCAUACCAUCAACAUGGUCUAAAGUUCCUCAGACCAAGAACUUUUCCUUGCAAGAAAUACUGGAGGACUGCUGGGACCAUGACCCUGAUGCUCGACUGACUGCACACUGUGCUGCCAACAGAAUAGCCUCCUUACCUACUGAAUACUCCCUCUAGUGGGGGGAACAUUUCUCAGGCAAAUCACUACUAGAUCAAAACUUGAUAUCUAUCCACUGCAUUGGCAGUGAACUGUUUGCUACCAUAGGCAAUAAUGUUUGUCUGUUUGCACCUGGCUACAACAUAAUACUGAGAAGACACAUAUACACAAUGCUGUAGGCCUAUGGUUGGAGAUAACCAUGGGAAUGUGACCAUAUUUGUCACAGCCUUAACAGCAUUUGAAAUGUCCAAACAGAGGAGGUGGAAGUUAAACAUGCACAGACAGGCAGAAGUUGGGGAUGGAAAAUAGCCUAUUGGUAUAACCUUCUAUGCAGGGCUCCACAUUAAUGGUUGCCUGGUUGCCCUUGGCUUCCAAAUUGUUACAAGUGGCAACCAGAUUUGGUUGGCUUUGGCAACCAAAACCUCAUGCCUGGUUGCCAAACUUGCUCUGCUUCUAUGCAUUAGUUUUCAAGUUAAUUUCAACAAGUCUCUUGACUAUAUAUCUAUCAUGACACCACUGUCAUUAGAUUAAUUUAACUAUAUUCAACUAUAUUUACAAUAGCAGUUUAUCUUUUCCAUACAUUAUUUCACAUUGCACUGGAAACCCUCUGGGGAGGUAAUAAAGAUUACCCUGAGCUUUUGGGAAUGUUGUAAGGGAUAUACAAGGAUAGGAUACAAGGAAGUUUAUUGUCGCAUGCAUAUAGUUACUGGAUGUAAGAAAUGCAGUGAAAUUAUGUCU